UAUGAGUUCAUUACUCGAAGAAACGGUGUUCUGUUGCUAUUGAGUGAGGACGUUUGUUGAACUAAAGCCCUUCUUAUUUCUUUUACAAUCAUUUGAGAUCUUUGAGAUUCUUCUUCUGUUUUAGUUGGUGCGGAUGCGGCGCGCGAUCGUUGGGAUUUACAAUCCUAUGAGGGUUGGUGUUUACUUAUUUACACAACAGUGUUCUGCCUCUGGCUCAAUAUUUUAGUACUGAAGCUAGAAUUUUGUAUUAAAGGCAGUUAUAUAACAGUGUGAUCAUAGAAACACUCACUGACCAAAGUAGAACUUUUAAUCAGGUAAUUUAUUGUCUUAAAUAUCAUAUAAAUAUAAAAUAAUUAUCACUUAUAUUUAUUAGUUACUCAAUCAACUAGAUUUGAGCAGAUGACCGAAACAGAAGAGGCGGUCAUCUAUCGGCGUAAUGUUGUGAAAGAAAAUAACCUACCAGGAACUAUAGAUAAUAUUGACAAUGAACCAGAAUCUGAAACCGAAUCCAAAGAAGUAAGACUAACGUUGAUGGAAGAGAUAUUGCUGUUGGGGUUGAAAGAUCGAGAAGGAUACUUAUCAUUUUGGAAUGAUAGUGUAUGUUGUGGACUUCGAGGAUGCAUACUUGUUGAACUUGGUCUCAGAAAUCGAAUUGGUCUAGAGCCGAGUGGGAUGCGUCGUAGGAAUCUGUCGUCUAGAUGUAUUGUUGUCAAAAAGAGCGUACCGACUGGUGAUGCAUUGCUAGAUGAGGCUCUCAAACAUAUCAGAGAUAACAAGCCUGAAAAUACGAAAACAUGGAUUGAAUAUCUCAGCGGUGAAACAUGGAAUCCAUUUAAAUUACCAUUACAGCUCCGCAACGUCAGGGAAAGAAUAGCAAAAAACCUCGUAGAAAAACGCAUAUGCACAACAGAAAAACAAAAUUUUAUCCUUUUUGACAUGAUGACGCACCCCUUAGUAGACCUUGGAAGUAAAAAACGCGUAAUUAGUCGUAUUCAGGAUGUUGUCCUUAAUAAAUGGAGCACAGAUGUUCAGAAAGUCGAUAAGCGCCUACUCUCUCUCGUGCUCUUGUCUCACUACUCCGAUGUCUUAGAAAGUGCUUUACAACAUCUUCCAGAUAAUGUUUAUGAUCUUGCCAGAAAGCGAAUUGACGAUGCACUCCAACUCGACUUCUUUGCAGAGGCCAAUAAAGAAGGUUCUUGUGAAAUGCUUUGGGCAGUUAUGGCUGCUCUUAAUUCUUAAAAAUCAAAUUCCCAAAUGUCUUGGCUGUGAUUAUUUGUGUGGAGCUCCACCUCACUAUUUUCAUGCAACCUUUAAUCUAACUUUUGUAUUUUUACGAAACAGUUGAGUUAAUAUUGAAUCAGAUCUUUCCGUAAUGUUGGUUUACACUGGUUUAAUUUUUAAUGGCUUUGCAAACUUUUCUCUCACCGACUUAAUUCGCCUUCCUAAUUUAGGGGGUUUCAAGACCUAUACAUCUCUAAUGUUAUUAGUCUUAGUACAUAUUUAUACACUGCUAAGACUAAAAAUCCUGUAAAGAUGCAUCACUUCCUACACCAUCUUCAUAAAUAUGUUGGAAAAACUCAAAGUGAUGUCCAUUUGUGUACAUCUCUGUCGAUCUAUUCAAUAAAAAUUAAAAUUAAGUCUUCUCAA